ACUCACUCAAGUUUUCUAAUUAACUUCUUAUAAACAUUCUCUUGUUUCCACUUUUUUUGGAGUUAAAGAAGUUGAUAUAGCUAUGGGAGCUUUUCAAAUCUUCUUCUUCCUUCUCCUCUCUUGUUACACCCUCACAACCGUCAUUGCACAAGAUGAGACAGGUUUCGUGAGCUCAAUAGACCCUAAAUUUUUUAAAAGAAGACAAAACACUAGCCACUUUAGAUUCUAUUGGCAUGACAUAGUGUCGGGAGAAAAUGCCACCUCAAUAGACAUAGUUUCAGCACUCCCAGAAUAUAACACAACUACUCUCUUUGGUGAGGUGAAAAUCAUAGACAACCCUUUAACCCUAGGAUCCGAAUUAAGCUCAAAAUUGAUCGGAAGGGCUCAAGGAAUUUAUGCGUCUACCUCGCAAACCGAGCUCAAUUUUCUUAUGAUUAUGAAUUUUGUUUUGUUUGAAGGAAAAUAUAAUGGAAGUACCAUUAGUAUCUUGGGAAGAAAUGAUGCUUAUGAAAAAGUUAGAGAAUUGCCUGUUAUUGGUGGAAGUGGAAUUUUUAGAUUUGCUAAGGGAUAUGCUGAAGCUACUACUCACUUUUUGGAUACCAAAACAGGAGAUGCUACAACUGAGUACAAUGUUUAUGUUACUCAUUCUAUUUAAUUUAUAUAUUUGCAUGGGGAGAUAUGCACAUUUUUUGCUUUUAUUGAGUGAGUAUUUCUUAGUUUCCUAUCAUGUAAUAAUUAAGCAUCAAUCACUUGUGAUGAUGAUGAACUUUGCUUGGUUUUUCUUGUGGAGUUGAGAUCAUGAACUCAACCAUUGUUUAUUUGUGUGUAUUUGUGAUUGGUAUCAUUAAUUUAUAAUGAAUAAAUAAUUUAUGCUAUUAGAAACA